AAGCAAAGCAGCCUUUCAUUCUACCCACCAGUCGACCAGUGUCUGCCUGAUCGCGUUCAGAGCUCUUGUGGUCCAGGCUACAAAGUUCUCUUCUUUAUUUUCUUGCUUUGCCCUUCAAGGUAUUGUUUGAGCAAAGUACGGCCUCACUUCCCUUCGCUCUGACUCAGACAAAGGCCGCCGUGUUCCUUCCCUUUUCCCCCAGACCCUGGUAACGUAAGGCAGCCUCUCCCUCCUUCCAACCCUUGCGACCACCGGCCUUUCCUUUGCAUCUCCAUUCUUCGACUUUGAUUUCCAGAAGCGUCCGAGUCCACGCCACGACAUCAACCUUCCACCACCAUCUACUGAUUCUCCUUCAUCCUUCCACCAACGCCUGGACUGGAGAUCCAAAUACGUUUUCUCCAUCUCUUGCCUAGACGGUUUUUCUAAACUUCUCGUCUCUCGCAGCAGGUCCCUCCCCCCGCCUUCCACGCCGAAUCGACCCCCAAACCAACAUCCGCCCCUCCCCCCACCACGACGGCCACGACGGCCUCACCGAUUUCUUCCACCGACAGCGCGCUCGAUCUGAGAGCUUGGGAUCAUGUCUACAGCCAAGAUGGCGCCCGCCGUCCAGAUGCCUCCAGUCCCUAACAGGGAGGACAUUGGAGCCACAUGGAAGUACCUGGAGGCUGGCAUCCAGCGUAUCAUGCUGGAUCUUGAGCGUGGUAUCGACAUGCAGAUCUACAUGGGAGUCUACACUGCCGUCCACAACUUCUGCACAUCCCAAAAGGCUGUCGGAUUAUCCGUUCCCCAGGGAAGCAUCGGAUCAGGCAACCACAGAGGAGCUCACCUUCUCGGAGAAGAGCUCUACAACAAGCUCAUCGAGUACCUCAAGCAACAUCUCGAAGGGCUUGUUCAGCAGUCCAAGACGCACACCGACGAAGCCUUGCUGACAUUCUAUAUCAAAGAAUGGAACCGAUACACGAUUGCGGCCAAGUACAUCCAUCACCUUUUCCGGUAUCUGAACCGACACUGGGUCAAGCGCGAGAUGGAUGAGGGCAAGAAGAACAUUUACGACGUUUACACGUUGCACCUGGUCCAGUGGCGUAGGGUUCUUUUCGAGCAGGUAUCGACUAAGGUUAUGGAAGCGGUUCUGAAGCUGGUUGAGAAGCAGCGCAACGGCGAGACCAUCGAGUAUGGUCAGAUAAAGCAAGUUGUCGACUCUUUCGUGUCCCUCGGUCUCGACGAUGCCGACCCCACCAAGUCCACUCUCGACGUCUACCGCUUCCACUUCGAGCGCCCCUUCCUGGCUGCGACGAAAGAAUACUACCAAAAUGAGUCGAAACAAUUCGUCGCCGAGAACAGUGUCGUCGAAUACAUGAAGAAGGCGGAGACGAGACUUGAGGAAGAGGAGGAGCGAGUGCGCAUGUUCCUACACGCUGAUAUUAUCACACCGUUGCGCAAGACGUGCAACCAAGCCCUCAUUGCCGAUCACUCUACGCUACUUCGCGACGAAUUCCAGGUCCUCCUGGAUAACGACAGAGAAGAAGAUAUGGCGAGGAUGUACAAGCUACUGUCUAGGAUUCCAGAGGGCUUGGAUCCACUGAGGCAGAGGUUCGAGACACAUGUCCGCAAGGCAGGUCUGAGUGCUGUGGAGAAGGUGGCAUCCGACGCCGAGAAGCUGGAGCCAAAGGUCUAUGUCGAUGCGCUGUUGGAGAUCCACUCCCAGUACUCAGGCUUGGUGACGCGUGCGUUUGAUGGCGAAGCCGAAUUCACGCGGUCCCUGGACAAUGCCUGCCGCGAGUUCAUCAACAGAAACGAAGUCUGCAAGUCGGGCUCCAACAAGUCGCCAGAGCUCUUGGCCAAGUACACAGAUGUGUUGCUGCGCAAGAGCAGCACCGGCAUCGAGGAGGGCGAGUUGGAGAACACGCUCACCCAGAUUAUGACCGUCUUCAAGUACAUUGAGGACAAGGACGUGUUCCAGAAGUUCUACUCUCGCAUGCUCGCCCGCCGUCUGGUGCACAGUAACUCGUCAUCCGACGACGCGGAAACGAGCAUGAUCAGUAAACUCAAGGAGGCCUGUGGUUUCGAGUACACCAACAAGCUCCAGAGGAUGUUCCAGGACAUGCAGACGUCCAAGGACCUUAACGUCAGCUUCAAGGAGCAUGUCGCGGGUCUUGAGGGUCUUAAGACUACCCUCGACUCCCAAUACUCCAUCCUCGGUACUGGUUUCUGGCCCCUGACCGCACCAAACACCAGCUUCACUCCCCCACACGAGAUCAAUGACGACUGCGAGCGGUUUACCCGGUUCUACAAGAACCGGCACGAGGGCCGCAAGCUCACGUGGCUGUGGCAGCUUUGCAAGGGCGAGCUGAAGGCCGGCUACUGCAAGAACAGCAAGACCCCUUACACGUUCCAGGUGUCUGCCUACCAAAUGGCCAUCCUGCUCCUUUACAACGAUAAGGACAAGUACACUUACGAGGAUAUUUCGGGUAUUACCCUAUUAAGCUCUGAGGUCCUUGACCAGGCCUUGGCUAUUCUUCUCAAGGCGAAGGUCCUCAUCAUGUCUCCCGAAGGCAAGCCGGAGGCCGGCAAGAGCUUCCGCCUCAACUAUGACUUCAAGAGCAAGAAGAUCAGAGUUAACCUGAACCUCGGUGGUGCCAAGGAGACUAAGCAGGAGGAGGUGGAGACGAACAAGACGAUCGAGGAGGACCGCAAGCUUCUGCUGCAGUCUGCCAUCGUUCGUAUCAUGAAGGCCAGAAAGAAGAUGAAGCACACUCAGCUCGUCAGCGAGACCAUCAACCAGAUCCGGUCGCGCUUCGUGCCAAAGGUUUCGGACAUCAAGAAGUGCAUAGAGAUUCUGCUCGACAAGGAGUACUUGGAGCGACUCGAAGACGACGAGCUUGGGUACCUGGCGUGAUGGGAAGUGGAUCGUACUUUCGGGAGGAGGAAAUACCCCCUUGCCUCUCUCGAUGGCUCAUGUAUUACAACAACCUCAAAACUGCAUACAACACCACACCCAGUCUUACCAGGCAUUGAUUUGACUUACCCGGACACACAUAAGGCGUGUGCAGGUUCUUCGACAACAGGACGGAGGAACAUUGACGAAUGGGAACUAUUCUGCUUCGGGAUUCAGGCAGUAGGCAGGUUGGGAGGUUUAGAUAGUCGCAUGCGGAUUCCCUUGACUGUUUGAAAAAGUGUUUACACCGUGAUGUUAGUGAUGAGCAAGGAGAAGCCGGGUGAUACGGCCACCCAACGGGCCAACGGAGUAGAUUAACAGCGUAGAUGGAGGGAAACUCUCGUGUUGAAGUGAAGUCUGCGG